GUAGCCAUAAUCGUCGCUGUAUGGAUUCUGUCCUCAUUAGCUGGAUCAAUGAUAGAAUUUCUACCCUUGGAACAAGAGAAAUUCUAUGGCAUAAUUAUAACUGUCGCAUUCUUCUUCACACCACUCAUCGUUAUUUUGGUGGCUUAUGGUACGAUUUUUCACAUAGCUAGAGCGCAUGCACGAGGCAGAGACGUCAGUUCGUUCAAAAAGGUACUAUGCUAUGCUAUUGUUUUUGGCAUUUCUAUUGAUAGUAACCACUGGACCGUACUGUCUGUAUGAUCAUUAUCACGUGUGCUUUUUCUCGAUUAUACCCAGUGCUGAAUGGCAGUGAUCAUAGUCCAUGUUUUGGUAAUAUGUUCCAAUCUCAUUAAAAUUAUAGCUAACGUUACUAAAAAACACAUAUACAGGCAAACCUGUAUUAUGCGGUCAACCUUUGGGAAUGGCUUACUGACCGCCUAAUGCAGGUUGACGGUUUAAUACAACUUUGACAAACCUAAGAGUUGUUCAAGCAAAUAAAGAUGGUGAAAGAGCGAACCCGCGACAAAACUACUUCAAAGUGCCUCUGCCUUUUCUUGUACCAAAAAAGGAAGUAAUGCUAAAAAAAGUAGGGAUUUUUUUUGGUAUGAUGCAUUAGUAUGGUACAUAUUGUCAAAGUGACCGUCUAAUAGUAACGUAACCGCCUAAUGGAGGUGACCGCUUAAUUCAGCUCAGUUUUACAGUAACUUUCAGUGAUUUCCGGGAUGUAGUCAAACCUCCUCUGUCAGACACCUCUAUUACUUACAGCUCACUUGCUCCCAAAGGUAGAACACUUCAUGCGGUUCCUAUCGGUAUAAUAAUGGACACCUUUAUUGUGCGGAAAACGGACUUUGUCCCUUUGGUGUUCGCACCGUAAAGAAGUUUCCAUGCUUUUCCCGUGGCAGAUAUAAAGUAACUUAGCGUGAUAAAUACACCAGACAAAUACAAGGUACAAAAACUGUACUUGGACAGCAAAUCAAAACACUUCCAAAUACUCUAACCGCCCUCGUCACAUCGUAUUCAUCAGUCGUCGGAUCUUAUCGACCACGUUAUCUUUCAUUACUUGACCAUUCAAUGACGCUGAAUAUUGGUGCUGAUUUUAGGCACGUGCAUACACUAUCCCACUUUAAUGUAGGGCCAACACUGGCAAAGCUCUACAAACAAACAGUUCUUAAUCAGUGUCAUGGAGAGAAUUACAUGCACAUACAACAUUACUAACGACAACUAACCAACAGUGGUUUCCGCAACAGAAAGAAACGCACAGUGAACGACGCAAUAGGAUGGUCACUUGACGGAAGAGCACAAAAAAACUAUACAGAAGUACGACUAACGAAGACUGACAAGACAAGACAAGAUGAUUUAUUUAACUCAGCUCAGUUUUACAUGACAUAAAGGUUAAAUUUACAUAGGCAUCUAAACACACAGCAACUAAGACUGAGACAAAGUGAAUUUUGUCGUUGGUCAAAUAAUUUUCACUGACUCUUUUCUUUUUCUUUUUUUUUUUGUUCUUGUUUUUUUUUUUCUUUGCUUUCCUUUUCUGCUUUCAAAAUGACGUUAGUAUUUUCUGUUCAUCUUUUGAUUGAUCUGGAUUUUUGCAUAGAUGAGUAGUUUGUCGUUUAUUCCAUUGAAAUGGACGUUCUUUUCACACCGUGUUUGGUAUGCUUUAAUGAUUUUACCAUAAGCCACAAUUUAACGAUGUUGUUUUUGUUUCAGGAUUUGCGUAUUGCUACAACAGUAGCCGUAGUCAUUGGCCUUUUUGUCAUCUGCUGGACUCCAUUUUUUGGCAUCAACUUCGCGUUCGCGGUUUGUAUAGCCACACUGUUCAAGGGAGCCGGUUGUCCAGGCCUUAUGACUUUACUAACGUGGAUUCUUUCGGUAAACAAGUGGCUUCAGUACGGGAAUUCGGUUUGUAAUCCCGUCAUUUAUGGCUUCCGCAACAAAGAUUUUCGGCGAGCGUUUCGAAAGAUUUUACUCGGAUUGUGCUGUAAAAAGGUGCGGCUGUCAGAUUACAGCAAGAGCGCGUACGGACGCACGGUACGAAGCGCUUACUUACGGCGAGAAUCAAGCUUUGAAAACUCGCGAUCAGUCAUUCUCCCUCCCAACGUAUCGCUUGGAAUGUUUGACAUGCGGGAUAGCUACCGUAAGGCGAUGCAAAGCGGACGCAGCAAGCCGAUUAAGCUUAAAUUUACACCAAAGAAAAGCGUGGCAAAUGGUCUGCUAUCGAUAAACGUUGACGCCUUUCGCACUUCAAAUCAAUUUACUUCCAGUACAAGUGUUUGGAAUUCGUCUUCCGAGGCUUCCGUCUCUCCAGCGGAGCUUUGUAACCCUGCCUUCGAGGAGGACGAUCAAACCGAUAUCUGCCCUAUUGAUCAAGCGAUACCAGUAAGAGAUUCUAACGAUAACAUCUCCUCAGAAUCAACUAAUUCUAUGUAUAAGAGUUUCUCAAAAGGAUCUGUGCAUAGCGACCAAGCCUAUGUUCGAUUUAGGAUUCCAAAACCAAGGGAAAGGAUGGCGAGUUCAAAACCGUUGCUAACCUUGGUUCUGCCUUGGAUAGGAAAAGGUCAUUAUCGGAGAUAUUUCUACGU